AGUGAGAGUGAGAGAGAGAGACUUUGUCACAAAGUGAACGGGAGGACCGCUCCGCCCGUGCAGGAGAGCAUCUCGUCUCACCCGUGGAUACUACUCCCUCUGCCACCCGUCUCCGAAAGCCUGUCCUUGGGAUACUCCGGCUACAUCCUCUCACUUUUUAAAAAAAAACAACACUUUUAUCACCACCUUCUCUGUCGCCCCCCCUUUUUUCUUUCUUUCGAGCCCUCCUCCUCCUCCUCCUCCUCAUCCUUUGAGCAUCGUCCUCGCCCCGCAAGUCUUCUCGCCCUGCCCGGCUAACUUUUUGCCAUUCGCCAGCCCGACUCCAUCCCAUCGCUCGCGGUUCCAUCGGCCACCAAGUAGGUCCUGCUCUCAUUGCGGCAGCCUCCUGCCUCCAGCCUCCAGCCUCCCCGGGAUCGGGCGGAACCCAUUCGGUCGCUCUGCACGGGACACUGCUACAUGGGGCGCACGGUGUCGCUCGGAAAAUGGUCUCCUGUCGGUCUCUAGGCGCCCCGCUCAAGCUGUCGGGACUGGAGCCGCCGGUGCGCGUCCGCGUCUCUUCCUCGCCUCGCCCGUGCUGCCGGCACCAGUGAGACAUGGCUCCGUCCGUGGCGGCGCGGGCACCGCUCGCGGAGCCCCGGCGGCUGCGCCAGUGGAGCGGCGCGGCGGCGGGCGGCUGGCUCAGGAUCACCCUCGUCUCGUUCCUCGCCACUUUACCUGUGGAGCAGCUGCGCGCCUUCCCCUCGUCCCUCAGCGACUGCCAGACGCCGACCGGCUGGAACUGCUCCGGUUUCGAUGACCGGGACACAGACCUGUUCCUGUGCGACACCAACACGUGCAAGUUUGAUGGCGAGUGUCUACGCAUUGGGAACAUGGUGACAUGCAUUUGUGAUUUUAAGUGCAACAAUGACUAUGCCCCGGUGUGUGGCUCCAACAAUCAGAACUACCAGAACGAGUGUUUCCUGCGCAGGGAUGCCUGCAAGCAACAGUCUGAAGUACUUAUUAUGUCAGAAGGGGCCUGUCCUGCUGAUGCCGGCUCAGGCUCAGGAGACGACGGCGGAGAGGGCUCAGCCGAGGCAGGACAGAAGGAGACAUCCACCUGUGACAUCUGCCAGUUUGGGGCCGAGUGCGACGUGGAUGCAGAGGACGUUUGGUGUGUGUGCAACAUCGACUGCUCCCACAUCAGCUUCAACCCGGUGUGUGCCUCAGAUGGUCGUUCCUAUGACAACCCCUGCCAGGUGAAGGAGGCGUCCUGUCAGAAGCAGGAGCGCAUCGAGGUCAAGUACCUGGGCCACUGCCAAGGUGACAUCAUAACCGGCAACAAAGGCGGAGAUGGACACUUUGCACGGACUGACCUCACAGAGAAAAAUGAGGACCCGAGGAAUGGGCUGGCCCGCGGCCUGUACAUCCCCUGUCCGGAUCACUACAAAAACUACUGUGUCCACGGAGAGUGUCAGUUCCCCAGUAUCCUGGCUCAGCCCUCCUGCAGCUGCCACUCGGGUUUCCGGGGCCCCCAGUGUGACAUCAAAGAGUACAACGUGCUCUACGUGGUGCCAGGCUCUGGCAAACUGCACUACGUCCUCAUCGCCUCCAUCAUCGGAGCUCUCCAGGUGGUCAUCAUUUGUGUGGUGGUGCUCUGCAUUACCAGGAAGUGCCCACGGACCAACAGGAUCAACCGGCAGAAGCAGAACAAUGUCCACUUCAGCUCAGAGAACACCAUGCGCGCCUCCACUCGACUAAUCUGAGCCCGGGCGCACCGGACAGAGUCCCCCUCCGCGGUUACGGACAGCGGCGGCGGUUUGAUGUUCCCUCCCUGUAGGCCAACCAACCCCCCCCCCCCCCCAAAAGAAAAAAUUAGGAACUGCUUUCCCUCACUCCUCGCCCUCUCUCCCGGAAUGAACUUGAAGAAUGCUCACGGAGGACGGGGACAUAUCAGACAGAGCUGUGACACCAGUCUCACGGCGACGCCCACCCGUAUGGGGGGGGGGGGGGGGGGGGGGGGCAUGCCCCUCUUCGGUCGCCAACUACCGAAUCGUGUCUCCUUGCACCUUGUCACUUCCGACCCACUUCCGGAUUUUUCCUGGACAAUGAGGUGUUUGGGGGUGUUGAGGAUACUGAAUGUGACUGUGUGUGUGUGUGUGUGUGUGUGUGUGUGUGUGAGAGAGAGAGAGAUAGAGAAUGUGUAUUAGAUGUGUGAGCUUUGGUAGAGACGGGCUAGCCAGUGUCUGUUGUUUGUAGACGAGGGGUUAAAGCAAAUCAGGGUAGUGCAAAGCAGGGUCAGGGGCUUCAAGUGAGGUGUGUGUGUGUGUGUGUUGUUCGG